ACCACCUCUUUCUGCGUGUCUCUCCCUCCCUCUCUCUCACUCUGCCUGUGCCUUCACUGCAUCUGUACCGAGAACCACUGAAGCCAGCAAUUUCAGACUGUUUAAUUAAUUAGCCAUAGGCAGCCAUUUGAGCUGGCAAAUUACGUGGGGUGGGGGGGGUCGAUACCGUGCGAGACUCUGGCACUUGCCGGGGCCACAAGGAAGGGGGCGUCGGUAGAAGCUGCAGUCCGUGUCGCGCGUCUCCAUCUGGAGGUCCUCUUCGGAGAUCAUCCAGCACGCGGAGAGAGCGGAGGGCGGGCGUUUUCGGCUCCGGGGAAGCGAGUGGCGGGGAGACCAGGGUUCUUAAGCCUCGACAUUUGAUUCAGCAUCACUUGUCUCCCACGGCAACGAUGUCUGCAUAGGAAUCUAGCCCACGGCAACGAGGCGAGUGAGGUAGGGCUGCAGCUCAGUGUGAUUCCCCCGUUCGCCUCUCACGUGAAGAUUUGGCAGGUGUGUUCAGCACGGCAUCUCCACGGACGCAAAUCGAGCUUCAGAUGCAGCGAGAGAGAAGGGAGACGUCCAGCAGGAGGAUGCCGGUGGAGAAGCCAGGGCUGAAGACCAGCAAGACCAUCGUGCCCUGCUUCCUGUGCGUGGAGCUGGUGAUCAUGGCCGGCACCGUGCUCCUGGCUUACUACUUCGAGUACACAGACACCUUCCCCGUGCACGUCCAGGGCUUCUUCUGCUACGACCGGACGCUCUCCAAGCCGUACCCAGGGCCCGAGGACAGCAGCAAGGUGCCCCCGGUGCUGGUCUACUCCCUGGUCACCGCCAUCCCAACCGUCACGAUCCUGUUGGGCGAGCUGACGUACUUUCUCCAGAAGCCAGAGGCUGCUCAGGAGAAGACCAUCGUGACAGUCGACUGCUGCUUCUUUAACCCCCUGCUGCGCCGCAUCGUGCGCUUCCUCGGGGUGUACUCCUUCGGCCUCUUCACCACCACCAUUUUCGCCAACGCCGGGCAGGUGGUGACAGGAAACCCCACGCCUCACUUCCUGUCUGCCUGCCGGCCCAACUACACCGCCCUGGGCUGCCAGUCGCCCACGCAGUACAUCACGGAGCGCCGCGCCUGCACGGGGAACCCCUUCAUCGUGGCGUCCGCCCGCAAGUCCUUCCCCUCCAAGGAUGCGGCUCUGAGCAUCUAUUCCGCCGUCUACACCGUGAUGUAUGUGACCUUGAUGUUCCAGACAAAGGGUACCAGGUUGACCAAGCCCACCGUGUGCCUGUCGCUGAUGUCGAUGGGCGUGCUGGUGGGCGUGGUGCGCGUGGCCGAAUACCGUAACCACUGGUCGGACGUGCUGGCGGGAUACCUGACAGGGGGCGCCAUCGCUGCCUUUCUGGUGACGUGCGUGAUCAACAACUUCCAGCAGCCGCGGCCCCACCCGCCCCCGGUGCCCCCGCCACGCCCGGAGCCCACGGUGGGCAUCCCAAUGGUAGCUCUGCCCUGCGUGGAGAGUCCACUCGAAAAACUUCAAGAGCUCCGUUCACCGAGAUCACAUGACCAUCAGCGCUAUCCCUUCCCCUCCACCCCCGAUGUCCUCAUACCCUCUCGCUCCAUCUCCAGCGAAGUCUAG